CAUUUCCGCCGUCCUUGGUGCACGCAGCUAGCAAUUGCAGUGAAACAUUGCGUUCGCAGGGCGAUUUUCACUUGCGCGGCACAGGUGUGAUGAGCCAGUCAAGUGUGACCGUUCGGCCGAAGGUCUGCAGCGCGCACCUGGCCAUAUCGUAUAUCGAGUUCCGAUAAGUGCCCGGUCACACUGCCGACCAGACGAAACAGAAACAGAAAAUCCAACGAAAGCAACAGCAACGCGAGCGGGGGCAGGGAGGAGAGAGCGAUCGCCGUCCUACGCGUACUCAGGAAUCUGCAGACAGAUCCAAAGACAAACAACAAUUUUAUCCAACAACCGAAAAUACUCUUGCAAAGUAGCUAACAGUGUGCAGUGAACUCCGAACUUCGGAACGAACGAGGAACCAGCCAGCACACCUUGGCAGCGAGAUGCGUUAGAGCUGCUUCCAGGAACCCAGCGUAUAAACGGUUUCCGAGAACUGCCCACCAAUACAGAGCCAACAAGUGCCACGGCCAGCAAGGUGUGCGUGUAAGUGUGAGAGAGCGGCCGUGUCGGUGAGCGUGCGUGUGUGAGUGCAGUGCGAGAGAGGAGAGCAGAGGUUGCAGAGCGAAGUGCGGUGAGGUGGUGAGAGGAGAACUAGAGGAGAGAAGAUACCAAAAUACAGGAGCGGACUAAGGAAGUCUAAGGACCAUGGCGCCUCUGGUGCCGCAGGCGCUCGAGCUGCUCGCCCUGCUCCUCCUGCUGCAGGUAGGCGCCCGCGCCACCGUCGAUCCCGGCUGGCUCAUCCCCGACAAGGUGGAGCAGGCAAUCGGCGGCAAUUUUACGAUCAGCUGCACCCUCAAUGAGACGUACUUUAGCGAUCCGAACGUCAUGGAGCCCUGCACCGUCGAGGAUCUGUACUUUAAGGCCGGAAAGCGCGAGUACCGCCAGCAUCCGGACAUACGGACGCUCAACAACACCACGGUCCUGUUCACCGCCAGGAACGCCGAGGAGCAGGAGGGCGAGUACAUGUGCAUGUGCCGCGACUACGUGAUCAACACCUCGAAGGUGUACGUGGGCACGCGGCCACUGCCCAUCCGGGACUUUGACUGCAUCGACUACGACUUCCAGUUCAUGGUGUGCAACUUCACCCAGCCGCCGAACAAGCUGAUAACCAAGUACAAUGUCAGCUACAAUGUCAACGACGACUGGCACUACAGCAACUCGGUCGACUGUAACUUCGACGCCGCCCCGGUGGUCACCUGCAACAUCACGGAGGACAACUACCGGCGCUUCAGCGAGACCUACUACUUUCGCCUGUACAUGGCCAAUACCCUCGGUGACCUGAUGCAGCCCAUAACGCUGAAUCACUUUGAGCGGAUUGUGCCGUCCAGGCCGGGCCAGAACCUGACCCUCGUCAACAGCACCGAGAACUCCGUGUGCCUCUCAUGGGAGAUGAAGCAGCGCAGCAAUUAUGCCCACGGCCUGGUCUGGCAGGUGAACGUCUCACCGCACAACUUUGAGCCGCUAAAGCGGGCCAACUGGCGCAACAAUAGCUCCAUCAUCAAGGACACGCUCUGUCUCACGGAGCUUCCAUACGCUUUCUACAACUAUACGCUGCGGCUGCGCGUGCGCGGCAACCGGAAUAAUACGAUAUGGAGCGAGCCGCUCAUCUACAGCUUUGCCACAGCUCCGGCUAAACCACGCCGGCCGCCGCGCGUCACCUACGGCAGCUUUUACGUAGACUCCUCGGAGGAGGGCAUGCGCUUCUACUGGGAGCCACUGGAACCGCACGAACAGAACGGACCGCAAUUUGGAUACAUCAUUAGCGAGUACCGCAUCAACGGGACUUUAGUGGAUCCCAACCUGAUCAAAGUGGGCUUGGACUCGGCGGUGAUUGAUCACUGGAACAUGAGCGGCGUCCACGAGUUCCUCAUACGCAGCAAGAACAGCGAGGGCCAGUCGGAUAACGCCACCCGUAUGUCGAUUGGCCCAAUCAGCAACCGGGAUUUACGACAACGCGUGCCCAAAAAUAUACAUGGCGUGUACCAGCAGACCAACGAGAGCUUCACGCUGACCUGGGAGCCGCCCGAGGAUCAGACAGAGCUCACCAACUACACGGUGUUCUGGUGCAAGCCCAAGCCGGGGCUGCUGUCCGAGUGCGAGGGAUCCAUACGCUUCGCCGAGGUGCCCAGUGGCCAGUUGAUGUUCACAACGGCCAGGGACCAGCAGACGCUGCUAAUGGCCGUUUCAGCCAAUUACCGAUCGCACAACUCGGGCCUGCGGUGGCCCAAGUGCAGCAGCGACAAGACGGACGACCUGGCUAAGAUGGAGCCCUCGAUUGAUGUGACCACCAGCUCCACGAUGACGGUCAGCUGGGGCACGGAGCACGUCUGCGCCGUCAUCCUGGCCGGCUACAAUCUCACUUACUGUCAGCGCUCCACCGGCCGACCCGACAACUGCACCACCGUGGGGAUCGACCACUACAGCAACAAGUAUGUGAUCAAGAACUUGGUGCCCUACACCGACUACAGCGUCAAGAUGCUCAUGUACUCGGAGACGCGGGCGAGCAAGUACAGCGACGAGUUGGUCAAUCGCACUGGCGAGGCGGCGCCCAGCCAGCCUCGUGAACUACAGCUGCUGCGCGUGACCAGGUCCAGUGUGGAGCUGUCAUGGAAGCCGCCGCUUCUGGCCAAUGGCAUGGUGCGCGCCUACGAGGGGACCUUCCGUUCCCUUCGAGACAAUGUCACCGAGAGUUUCCGCGUGCCGGCCUUGAUCUACGAGCUUGUGGACACGGAGAAGCCCAUUACGCACACGCUGGGCAACCUGACGGCGUUCACGCACUACGAGGUGAGUGUGCGGGCGCGCACGCUCUAUUCGUCGGAGCCCAGCAAUCUGGUGACCUUCCGCACGGCCAUCGGAGUUCCCUCGCCGCCAACGCUUCAGGUGACGAACAACAAGGACCAAAGCUCGCGCCUGGACUGGCACCCGCCCAGGACACCGGCCGGACGCAUUGAUUACUACGAGGUGUCACUGCGCGACAGCAACGCCAGCUGCCUGAUGAGCACCAUCCUGCCGGGGCACAACCGCUCCUUCUUGAUGGCCACGCCGCGGUGCACCAGUCAUAAUCCCUUCCAGCUGGCGGUGCGCGCCAUUAACGUGGACCGUCAGCCGACGGGAGCGGAUGAGUCGACGGCCAGUCUCGUAAUCCAGUCCUCGCAGUCCUCGUGCGAAGUGCAAGCGACAAACGUGCUUGGCGAGGAGGAGCGGGCACAGUACGAGGCAUACGGCGCCAACGCAUCCGCCUAUCGACUGUACAAGUCCGAGUGGGGGACCUACGGAUACAUCUGCACCCCGGACACGAACAGCGUGAAGGCCAUGUACCAGACCAUCGAGGUGACCGUCGCCAUCCUUGUGCUCGGCGUCAUCUUCUAUCUGGUGUACAAGAAAUACCGCAAGAUGUCCGACAUCGAUCUGGUGCUACCGCAGGGCAUCAUGGAGACCCUGAAGAAGCCGAUGGACAUGGGCGGUCUGGGCCUCGAUCUCGGUCCCAACUCGUCUGUUAGCGGCGGCAUCAUCUGCACCCGUGUCGACAACUCGCCGCAGUACACGCCACAGGAUCAUCUUCCGCACGACUUUAGCAGCUGCGGCGGUGAGAGCUCGAAGCUGCUUCUGCGCACAGCCUCAUCCUCCGGCGGCGGCUGCCUGGAUCGCAAUGGCUACGACGACCACCAGGAGACGGGACCCAUGAGUGGCGCUGUGCCCCCACCCACGAGCUACCUGUCCAUGCACCACGGACUGCUCAUGCCGAGCGACAGUGAGACGGAGCGUGAGCGGGAGCAGGAGUCGGAGCAGGAGCGAGAGCAACAGGAUGGCGACGUCAACAGGGACAACAGGGAGGCGACCAGUGGCUACAUUAAGCCCACCCAGAUGAAGACCUGGGCUGGCAACGGUGGUUCCGUCCAGUCGCAGCCGCUGCCACGGGUGCCGCUCAGCGGCUAUGUGCCCGUGCCCAUUCUGCAGUCGCGCCUCAAUCCUCUGCCCGCCCCAGCUCCGGCUCACCCACAGGCCACCGCUAAUGCUCCCUCCGCCGCCGCUGCUGCCUCCACCUUCUUCCCGCCAGCGCAUCUGCUUAACAUGGACAACUAUGUGCAGGCCUCAGAUCUGCACAAGCUAAGGCCCCUGGCUGCAGCGCCAUUGCCAUCGGUUGGAAGAGGAGAAGGAGUAGCAGGAUCAGCACCCGGCACAGGAUCAGGAGGUGGAGGAGGAACCUCUGCCGUUGUGACAGCCUCGCCGCAGCCGCCAGUAGUCGCCGCCGCCUCCACGCCCACACCCAAGCAGGCCGAUAUUGGCUACACCACCAUGGAGCAGCUGCAGCUCACCGCUUUAAUGAAGCAACCGAUAUCCCCGGCCGUGGGCUCGCCGACGCAUGCCACUGGGGCGGCGACAGGUGGUCUCCAGCCGACAAUUAACGGCUAUGUGACGCCCCAGGAUCUGAACGUCCUGGCCCACAACAAUAGGCAUGUGCUCUAAGUCCGAGUGGAGCACUUGGCCUGGACACCCCGGCAAUCCUUCUCUGCAUCGUUUGCAUCCAUCCAUUUUGCAUCCCCCCCCACAUCUCCCAUCUCGAUUCUCCACCCGUAACCGUAACUGAAACCGAAGCCGCAUCCAACCCAAGCCAUGCCAUGCGGAUCAGCGGAGUCUGGAAACUGUAACCCGUAACCUGUAACCUGUAACCUGGCAGCUGUUUUUAGUAAUUAGUGGCAACUCACCGGACGAGGGAACCCCCGCGUUCCGCGUUUGUAAUUUAUUUUGUAUUCUUUGCGAGGCGCGUGAGGCACAGAGGGCUUAGAAGAAGAGGAAAGUAUUCGUAACGCUGUAGUAUUUUUUUAUAUAUCGUAUUUGUACACACACAACCCACUUAAUCAUCCGCUCGCGUCGAACAGAUCGAUCUUAUAAUAAUAACUAUAAUAUGUAUGUGUAAAAUGUACACCAACAUAAAGAUACUUUUAAAA